UCCGCCUCCAGCUCCUGCUCGCUCGGGCCGGCUCCGGCUCCUCCUGGCCGCCCGGGGCCAAGGCGACGUGAGGUUGUAAAAAUCCAUGUGGGACGGCCCCGGGGCGAGCACUGGAAAGAUCUCUGAGGUUAUUUUCUGGUACGGACUGUGAAAAGAAUGCAGUGAACGUUCUGGAUAAGUGUGGAAAUAUUAGAUUAGACCCCAACUUAGUGUAGCAUUUCUUCUCUUCAGUAGCACCUUGUGAUAGAAGAAAAAUGUAUGGAAGUGCAAGAACUAUCACCAAUCUGGAAGGUAGCCCUUCCAGAUCUCCUCGUUUGCCAAGGUCUCCUCGCUUGGGCCACCGAAGAACAAGUAGUGGGGGAGGCGGAGGAGCAGGCAAGACUCUGUCUAUGGAGAAUAUCCAGUCCCUCAAUGCAGCCUAUGCUACGUCUGGACCCAUGUAUCUGAGUGAUCAUGAAGGGGUGGCUUCAACUACUUACCCAAAGGGCACCAUGACUCUGGGAAGGGCUACCAACCGAGCUGUGUAUGGAGGCCGGGUCACAGCCAUGGGGAGCAGUCCCAAUAUUGCUUCCGCUGGACUUUCCCACACAGAUGUCCUUUCAUACACGGAUCAACAUGGUGGCCUGACCAGUGCAUCCCAUCACCACCACCACCAGGUCCCUUCCAUGUUGAGACAGGUAAGAGACAGCACAAUGUUAGAUCUUCAAGCCCAGCUCAAGGAACUCCAGAGAGAGAACGACCUUCUCCGGAAAGAGCUAGACAUCAAGGACAGCAAGUUGGGGUCUUCCAUGAACAGUAUCAAGACUUUCUGGAGUCCUGAGCUUAAGAAGGAGAGAGUGUUGAGGAAAGAAGAGGCAGCGCGGAUGUCUGUCCUCAAGGAGCAGAUGAGGGUUUCCCACGAAGAAAAUCAGUUACUGGAUGCCAGAAGAACCAAGCACCUGCAGUUGACUAUCCAGGCCCUUCAGGAUGAGCUGCGGACCCAGAGAGACCUCAACCACCUCCUGCAGCAAGAGAGCGGCAACCGAGGGGCCGAGCACUUCACCAUCGAGCUGACCGAGGAGAACUUCAGGCGGCUCCAGGCCGAGCAUGACAGGCAGGCUAAGGAGCUGUUCCUUUUGAGGAAGACAUUGGAGGAAAUGGAGCUGAGAAUUGAAACACAGAAACAGACCCUCAAUGCCCGAGAUGAGUCAAUUAAAAAGCUUCUUGAGAUGUUGCAAAGUAAAGGCUUACCGUCCAAAAGCCUGGAGGAUGACAAUGAACGGACCCGGCGGAUGGCAGAGGCUGAGUCUCAGGUCAGCCACUUGGAAGUGAUUUUAGACCAGAAAGAAAAAGAAAACAUACAUCUUAGGGAGGAAUUGCACCGGAGAAGCCAACUUCAGCCGGAGCCAGCCAAGACGAAGGCUCUCCAGACUGUCAUUGAAAUGAAGGACACAAAAAUCGCUUCAUUGGAGCGAAACAUAAGGGAUCUUGAGGAUGAGAUCCAGAUGUUGAAAGCCAAUGGUGUGCUGAACACCGAGGACCGUGAAGAGGAGAUCAAACAAAUCGAGGUUUACAAAAGUCACUCCAAGUUUAUGAAGACCAAGAUCGAUCAGCUGAAGCAGGAACUUUCAAAGAAGGAGUCGGAACUUCUUGCCUUACAAACAAAGCUUGAAACUCUUAGCAAUCAAAAUUCAGAUUGCAAGCAACACAUUGAAGUGCUUAAAGAGUCGCUUACUGCCAAAGAACAGAGGGCUGCCAUCCUUCAGACUGAGGUAGAUGCACUGAGGUUACGCCUGGAAGAGAAGGAAUCUUUUCUCAAUAAAAAAACAAAACAGCUGCAGGAUCUCACAGAAGAGAAGGGGACACUGGCUGGAGAGAUCCGUGACAUGAAAGAUAUGUUAGAAGUGAAGGAAAGAAAAAUUAAUGUUCUUCAGAAAAAGAUUGAAAACUUGCAAGAACAACUUAGGGAUAAAGACAAGCAACUGACCAAUCUGAAAGACAGAGUGAAGUCCUUGCAGACGGAUUCCAGUAACACAGACACUGCGCUGGCGACGUUAGAGGAGGCUCUGUCAGAGAAGGAGAGAAUAAUUGAGCGCUUGAAAGAACAGCGUGAGAGAGAUGAUAGGGAAAGACUAGAAGAAAUAGAAUCCUUCCGAAAAGAGAACAAAGACCUGAAAGAGAAGGUCAAUGCUUUACAAGCUGAACUGACUGAGAAAGAGUCUAGUUUAAUUGACCUCAAAGAACAUGCAUCUUCAUUAGCCUCUGCAGGGCUGAAAAGGGACUCCAAGUUAAAAUCUCUAGAAAUAGCCAUUGAACAAAAGAAAGAGGAAUGUAGCAAAUUGGAAGCACAGUUAAAAAAGCAAGCUGAGCAGUUGUUCAAUCAGAUGUACAACCCAGCACAUAAUAUUGAAGAUGACUCCAGGAUGAACCCUGAGUUUGCAGACCGAAUGAAACAGCUUGAUAAAGAGGCAUCUUACUACCGCAACGAGUGUGGCAAGGCCCAGGCAGAAGUUGACCGGUUGUUGGAGAUCCUCAAGGAGGUAGAGAAUGAAAAGAAUGACAAAGACAAGAAGAUCGCAGAACUGGAGAGGCAUAUGAAGGAUCAGAAUAAGAAGGUGGCCAACCUUAAGCACAAUCAACAGUUGGAAAAGAAGAAGAAUGCUCAGUUAUUGGAAGAAGUCCGCAGGCGGGAAGAUAGCAUGGCUGACAACUCACAGCAUCUGCAGAUAGAAGAACUGAUGACUGCGUUGGAGAAGACCAGGCAGGAGCUGGAUGCCACCAAAGCACGCCUGGCCUCCACGCAGCAGUCCCUGGCUGAAAAAGAGGCACACUUGGCCAAUCUCCGGAUGGAGAGGAGGAAACAGCUAGAGGAGAUCCUGGAGAUGAAACAGGAAGCUCUACUUGCGGCCAUCAGUGAAAAAGACGCAAACAUUGCCUUGCUGGAAUUGUCUGCCUCCAAGAAGAAAAAGACACAGGAAGAAGUUAUGGCCCUCAAGCGGGAAAAAGACCGGCUGGUGCAUCAGUUAAAGCAGCAGACCCAGAACAGAAUGAAGCUGAUGGCAGACAACUACGAUGAGGACCAUCACCAUUACCACCACCACCACCAUCACCACCACCAUCGAUCUCCGGGGAGAUCACAACAUUCCAAUCACAGGCCUUCUCCGGACCAGCUAUCAGAAGGGCUGACUAAAGGGAAAGCGCAGCUCAGCAGCAAUAUUCUGGUAAUCUAUUGCAGCGCGGCUGACACCACUGUUCACCAGCACCUGGAGGAGCUCAUCAGGGCUGAAGCGGAGCUUUCACCUCCAUUACUGAGAGAGAUUCUCUUCUACCCGACAUUUCCUUUCAUCACCUCUUGUCAUUUCUCAUGGAUUCAGAUACGUUGGAAAGCAAGAAUGCGGAGGAGGAGAAAAGUGACAGAUCUUCCAUUUUUUUGGUCCAGAUUUGGGCAUUUAAAAUGUGAUCUUCUUUUCCAAAUGUCACUGUUGGAUAACAUUUUAUUUAUGUUACUGAAAUAUCAUCAGAUAAAUUUGAACUCCAUGAGAUUUUAACUAUGGAUUCAGCUUCUGUUGGGCAACUAGCCUCAUCUCCAGUUAUUCCGUGCUGAUUCCAUCUCAGUGGUCAUUCCAAAUGCAUUAGAUUAUCAAAAAGUGUAAAUUUGCUGCGAGUGAGUGCUGUUGGCAGUGUUCAUGUGCCAUGAUGCGUGGAGUGUUUGACAAAGAAACCAAAACACCAAAAAUUGCGAGCCUUUACCCUCCUCUAUUUCUUUAAGCCGCUGUUUGAAGAACCACAUUUUGAUGGUUACCUCUGGGCCAGGUUGGAAACGAAAUCAAUUUUUUAAACCACUAAUACUUGCCAAGAAAUCGCCUUACGAGAACAUGGUGUGUGUCUCUGACAAUGCAUGGCACAUCUAAAUUAAUCGUUCAUGAUUUUCUCUACCCUGGUCAUGUACUGGAGAGUGGCAAAAGCCCGAGGCCCCUGUGUAUCUCUAUUCCACGUGCUCCAUCCAUUUCCACAGCUGGGCCAGGCCCGAGCCUCAGACUCUUGCCAUCCCUGAACAUGCAGGUCUCCAUGAAGAAGCUGGGACUCAUUCACAUUUCAAGAUCCAAAUGCUGUGCAAACAGUGUAAGCUUAGAUUUUUCUAUAAAUGAAGGGUCAUUUCUCAUUUUUUUAAAUGUCUGCAACAUGGAUUCCAAAGCAUUUUCAGCAUCAAACAUGAAAACAUUGAUGAAUGAGGAACAAUCACAAAAGCUGUGUAUCUGUAUAUAGCUCUACAAAACGUGUAUGUGGAUACAGAGUCACUAUUUAAAUAAAGCACAUGCCAGGGAAAGAGACCCAACUUUGAGGUCUUUUACAUACAGUGACAUGGUACUAAGGAGCAUUAAACUCCUCCUGCUCCCUCUGAAUAUUAAAAAAAAAAAAAAUUAAAGUUGUGAUUAACUUCAUAAAACUCAUGACUGAGUCUGGCAAACAUGUGCAACUCUUGUAUUGAUCCAUUUUCUUGUCAAUGGAAGAAACUCUUCCACGUAUGCAAGUGGGAGAUGAAAACCUACAUUUUUUUUAAAGGACAAACAGUGAAUUUAAGCAUGAGUGGCCUUAAUAAAUAUAGUUGUCUUUCUUUGCUGCUGUGGAAAGGAUUCUAAACAGAUGUUCCUGAACUCUUGCAUUGAAUUUAGUUGUUAUUAUUACUUCUUAAAAUGUUGGUGCAAUUAACUCUGGACCUCUCUCGUGAGCCAUAGAGAUAUUUAAAAGACAGACACCUGAUUUGUCGAGGAAGAGGAAAUGGUCUCUGUUGCACCAUUCAUUCUUGGUGCAUUAGGAGUAACAUAUUCAAGCGGGUCUCUUGCUUCUGGCUUUGUUCCUGUCGUCAGUAAAUAUAGCAAACUAUGUAAAGCUUAUGUGUCGCAUAAACUAUCCAAAUACAUUCAUGUUUUAGAAGUUUGUCCUUUAACUAUCUAAAAGAUCUAGAUCUUGGUUGGAGAUGUGAGCAGAGUUCUUUGCAAGCUUACUUAGCACAUUUUGAUACAUUGUCUCACUGAAAACCCAAGCCACAAGUGCAUCCUCAUGAACGGUUUGGAUGUCCUCAAAGGGGUGGUCCUCACUGCCUCCUGCAACCAGGUCCUGACCUGAACUCUGCAACUGAAUACUUGAAGUAGAAAGUAGGAAAUCCAGUAGGGAAAAUAGGGUCCUUGAAACAGAAGAAAAAAAAAAAAAACAACAACAACACCAACCAUGUAUAGUUAGCUAUUUCUACAUAUGUGCCAAUUUCAUCACAGCUCUUAUUUGGGAGAUCAUUUUUUGCCCUGCUUUUGUUGGUUAAAAGUGUUAUUGAUCUUACCUUUAUGGGGGCAUAUUAUUUGGUCCCUUCAAAAUUAAAUUCUAUCUAACAUAGCGUCCUUUUCCAUCGUACAUUAUAGACUCUGAUGUUUGGGGGUUACCAAAAAAUAUCCCUUUUCACCUAUUAAAAAUAGUCCUUGGGUUUACAACAAACACUGUGAUGUUGGGAGGAUAUUUCCUUUGCACAAACUUUAGCAGGUUUCCUUCUAAUCAUAAUGUAGUUGCAAAAAAAAGUUCAGGCUAACAUUUAGAAAAAGUUGGUCUUAUUUUGUGCAAAAGCAGGCGUGUACUUUAUACCCCAUUUGAUUUUGAUGUACAGUCUCAAUUUUGUAUUUAAUGAUUUUUGUGUAUCCAGUAUGCACGUAAACAGCGUGUCAACUUUCAUUUGAAAGUGGGUUUCGAUUUACUUUUUAAACAGUGUUUAUGGCAAGACCUCAAAUGUGUUGACAUAAGCUCUAUCUGCGAUGUUUUCGUGCCGAGUGGCGACUGAAUGCAGCCGGGGGUCAGUGUAUCUAAUUCCCUGAGACCCUCCUGUGAUAGUGCUUCUUGUAACAUUUCUUCAAGUGAAUGGCAUGUGGGUUGUGAUAUUGACCAUGUGAUUAUGGACAUCAAUAUGAAAAUAAAUAAAUAAAACUAAGGAACCCUCGAAACUACCAAUGGGCAUGUAUUAGCCAGUCAUUGUAACCUUGCGUCUAGUAGAAGAACAAUGUACAAGGUCUGUACAGUUCAUAAGUUUGUUACCAUGUGUAUGAGAAGUACUUUGUGCUGAUCGCCUUAUUUAUAUUCAUCAAAUAAACCUUGUUUCUUUCUGAA